AUGGCCCUGCAUUGCCAUGCGGUCCUCGAGAACCCAGCAGCCGCUGACGAGCCGCAGCCUCCUAGAAAGGCGCCUGUAGCAGCCUCUGUCGAGCCUCCAAAGGCCCCACAGCCCCAACAAACCGCCCUCGCCGCCGCUGCUUGGCAGGCCGUGCUGUUUCGCGGCAACAAGCCAGUAGGCAAGCUUGUGACACCCACGGUCGAGUGGCAGCCCUUGGAAGCCUCCCCCGCUGGGCAGGAGGAGGUGGAGAGGGAGCAGGCGGCUGUGGGACGCAUAGCGCUGCACUUUGCCUCCAUCGUGCCCGCCGCCGGAGACGCGAGUGGGGACGACGCCAGCAGCGGCCGUGGCCGCAGCUCUAGCGAGCCGCAGCCCUUGUGCCUGCCCGUGGACGACGACUUCGCGCAGCACUCGUACCGGGUGCAGGUGAUUGCCAGGCAGGGCGGCGCCAACUUUGCGGUGCUGCACGCCUUCCGGGCAGAGGGGCGCGAGCUGACUGCUGCGCUCAGCGUGCAGCAGCAGUGGCAGGAGUACCAGCAGCGUCAUCAGGCGGCCCGUGCCUCGGCUGGGCAGCCCACGAGCACCACCAACUUUGCUCAUAGCAGCACCCUCGCUGUGCGGAGUGGUGACGGUUUGGAGCGGCUGCAAGCCAUCUUUGACGUCGCCGCGCGGCCGGCGUGGCUCAAGGGAUUAGUGUUCCGGUUCCUUGUGACCGAGACUGAGCAGCCCGAGACGAGGGCACCUGUGGAUGGCAGCAGUGGCAGCACUGCCACUGGAGCAAAGGGGGGACCAGCUGCGGUCACGAUAGCAGGAGACGACAUGGCAGCGCCCGAGCGCAGAGCCAGGCAGGAGGCUGGCACCUUGGCUGCACCAAAGCAGCACCACCUGCAGGAGCAGCAGCGCCAGCAGCAGCAGCCUGAGGCUGCAGUGGCGCCUGCAGCAGCGCAGCCAGCCGACGCCGGCUCGCCAGCUGCGCCGCCAGCUGGCAGGGCAGCCACAAGUGUGCAACCAGCUGCCGCAGCCCCUGCUGCACCAGCGGGCAAGGGUGGCAAGAGCAAGGGGCGGAAAAAGGCGCCGCAGCGGGCGCAGGAUGCGGCAGCCGCAGCCACAGCAGCAGAUGCACCAUCGUCGCGGGCUGCAAGCCGGGCCAGCAGCAGCAGCAGCAGCGCGCCGUCGGCUGCAGGCUCGUCAGCACCCAGCACUGCCGCAAGCCGCGGCAAGCCAGCAGCAGCAAUGGUGCCACAGGCUUCGCAGGGAGCGGCAUUAGUGGAGGCCGCUGAUGCUGGUGUGGGGGCAGCCCGCAAGGAGCAGCGAUCAGCUAGGCCUGGACGGAGCAGGAGCAGCAGCCGGGACCGGCACUCGCGCGCAGGGCAGGAGGCGGCGGCAGCGCGGCGGCUGGCCAAGCAGUCGCCCACGCCCACUGCGCAGCAGGAGGUGCCAGCUGCUGCUAGCAUGCUGGCAUCUGUGCCUGAGCGUUGUGAACCCUCCUCCAAGGCUGAUGCAGCUGGCAGCAUCACGCCCAGUGGCACGCCACGCGGCGCGCAGCGCAGCAGCAAGGCGGAGCAGUGUCAGCAGCCGGCCGCCGCCCCAAGCAGCAGCAGCAAGGUGGCAAAGGCAGCAACACCGGUAGUCGGCGGCGCCAAGGCGGCAGCUGCUGCCUCCACUCCAGAGGUGGCGGCAGCUGCUGGCGGCGCGCACAGCAGUUCACAAGCAGCCAAGGCAGCAGCAGCAGCUGCGGCGCCACCCAGCCAGUGCCCCACCGAAACUGACGCCAGGCAGCCUCCCGCGGCAGAGCAUGGCAGCUCCAGCAAGUGGCUGCCGCUGGGCGAGGAGACGUCGCUGUCUGUGGCAGCAGGGCACGCAACAGCCGUGUGGCACGGCGCCGCCGACAGCGCGGAGUGCGCCGCGGCGCUGUGCACGCCGCGGCCCGGCCAGCCCGGCAGCCGGCCGCAGUCGCCGGGGGACUGCAGCGUGUGCAGCGACGGCAGCACGCUGAGCUCGCAGGACAGCUGGCGCAGCGGGGUGCCGGAGAACCCGUCCGAGUACGGCCUGCCCUACAACUUUGGCCACCACCCCCUCAUGCUCUUCCACUGGCAGGACCACGCAGCCCUGCCCCUGGCCGCGCCGCACUCGGUGCCAGCCUCCCCUCACAGGGCGGCGGCGGAGGGACCGGCACGUUGUGCGCGCCGCGGCGGCGCCACCGGCCUGGCCCUGGGGCCCAGCAGGAACCUGCCGCCCAUGGCGGGCGCCGUCAGCGGCUUCUACCCGCCUCCCCCGCAGCCGCAGCCGCCGCGCGCGGCGCCGGCCUACGGCCACCACCGCACCGGCAGCACCAGCAGCAGCGGCAGCGAUGGCGCGGGGCCGGCGCCAGCCUUCCACCCCGCCGUGCAGCAGCAGUGGCAGGGCAGCCACCUGAGCGGGUGGGCGGAGCCGUUUGUCCCAGGCCAGCCCUUUGUGCUGCCUCACGGCCACCCGCCGCCACACCCGCCGCAGUUUGUGCCUCGCUCCCAGCCUGGGGCCAGGGCGCAGUGGGGGCGGCAGCGGCAGGCCGCAGACGGCGACCCGUGCUGGCGGCCCCACCGCCGCUCCAGCAGCGGCUGGCUGGAGGGUGGGCCGCAGCGGCAGCAGGCAUUCGACGGCGCGCCGCCGCCGCCGCCGCCCUCUGGCCCGCCGCCAGCGCAGUGCUUCCCCUCGCCGCCCUGCGUGGCCUGCGGGGUCGGCCCCGCAGCAGGCUGCAGCGUCAGCGCGCCCGCCAGCAGCGUCAGCAGCCCCGUGGUGGCGGGCAGGGGGCGGCUGGCGGGUGUGGCGCCGACCAGCGUGCCGCCGCCGCCGCCCCUGCCGCUGCCAGCCCUGGAGCUACUGGCCCCAGAGUGCUGCGACGACUCCCCCGAUCUGGAGCGGCUCCUGCAGGCAGCCACGCCGCAGGUGGCGCCGCCCAGCAGCGGCGCGCAGGACCUGCGCCUGGCCGAUCUGUGGCGGUGGUACGAGGUGCCCAGCACCGUUGGCUGCGAGGUGGCCACCUGCGGCGGCCCGCGCGGCCCGUCCACCGCACACUACCUCCCCUACCUCUCCUCGGUACAGCUGUUUGCGGCCGCCAGCGACGGCGACGCGGCGCAGGUGGCGGCCGCCGCCGCGCGGGCCGCCGGCGACGCGGCGUCGGGCCGCGCCGCCGCCCCCGCCCCGCCCCCGCAGCUGCUCAGCUACCCCGACGGCCUGGACGGCUGGCCGCAGCGCAUGCGGGCGCUGGUGCAGUGGGGGGAGUGCGCCAACAUGCGGGACCGCGUGCCGCUGCACUGCCGCCUGGCGGAACUGUGUGGCGGCCAGGGGGAGGCGCACCCGCUCAUGGCCACACGCGUGGCAGACCUGCACCCGCUCUCCUGGUGA